UUGAAUCGAGUGAGAAAAGCAAUGUCAGAGACAGAAAGAGUUUGAUUCUCCGAUCACACCCAAGGGUUGUUGCUUUUUCAACAUCAGUUUCUUCAACGUCUCUUUGAAAGUUCGUCUCUCACAUUGAGAGAAACCCUAGAAUUUGGGGCUUUGGUGUUCUUCGCUCUUCUCCUUUCUACUCUCUCGUUUGAACCAUCGGCACACUGAUUUUUCAAAUUCCAGAAACAAGAAGAAUGGAUCUUCCGCGAGAGGUAGAUGAUUACAUCAAAGAAACCAUAGAUGAUUGCUUGGGUCUACCGAUUUCGUCGAAAACCCUAGUAACAAAGCUCCGAGCAUCGCGAGAGUCUGAACGGCGACUCCAAGAACAGAACCUUUAUCUUCUCUCCAAAUUGAAGCAGAAAGACGAACUCGUCGAAAGAACUAAGUGUGAAUCGAGUAUGAAUGCUCAAGCCCUGAAGAAGUUCGUUGAGGAGAAUCAGAGGUUGGCCAUGGAGUGUGAGAAUUUGCUGGCCAAAUGCCAGAAUUUGGAGAAUGAGUGUGUACUGUUUGAGCACGACAGAGAGGCGUUAAUGGAAUUUGGGAACGAUGCCGAUGGAAGGGCGAGGGAGGCUCAGUCACGUGUCUUAGAUUUAGAGCGGGAGCUGCUGUUGUUGCAGGAAGAAAUUAGGAAAUACAAGACUUACCAUGAAUUGGCUGAUACUUCUUCUACAUUCACACUUGAGGAAGAGAAUCUACUUGACUCUCUUUUGGCAACUAUUACUAGUGGAGAUGAUUACUGUACAUACACAUUUUUGGAAGCAAAUUCUAAGGAUGAAUACUGUAAGAAGUUGCUGACUAUGUGGGACUGCUUAAAGCCCUCAAGCCAGAAAGUUUUGUCACUAGUUGCCAAAGUCAAAUCACUUGAGAAAGAUAAAGAGCAUCUGACAACCAAUCUUCUCAAAGCUGAGGAGGAGGUCAAAUUACUUUUUAAUGAAAAUAACACCUUGGAGAAAGAGAACAAAGUGCUAUUGAAGCAUUACAAGGAAAGAAACCAUCCAAGUUCUGGCGAGAAACAUACCAGCAGUGCAUCUGCAAAGUCAAACAAGAGGAAGUCUAGUCCCAGAACAAGUAACCCGAUCGACAGGAAGAUUGAUUUUGAUGAUAUAGAUUCAACACGACAACCAUUGUCGCCCUUGCGAAUGAACUCGCCAGAUUGUAGAAUGAAUAAGAAAUAACAAAAUAGACCAUUGUAGUGAUUUGCCAGUGUAUGUGUCCCAAAUAUUAGAACGGUCUUGGGUUUGGUAUGUAAUACUAAUAGUCACUAUGCAGGCGGGGAGGAAGAUUUCUUUCAUUCUUGCCAUUGAUGUUUUAAAAAGGAAUUUACUAACAUAAUUGGUCAGAGAAAAGAAAGCAUGAAAAUAUUUUACUGCUUCUCUUGGAA